AUGGGCGACAAGAAGCGCAAGCUCGCCGAGGACACCCCGGUCGACGAGGUCGCUCCCGAAGGCAAGAAGAUAAAGAAGGAGAAGAAGGACAAGAAGGAAAAGAAGGAAAAGAAGGAAAAGAAGGAAAAGAAGAAGGAGAAGCGCAAGACCGAGCAGGAGGUCGAGGCUGUCCCCGAGAUUACCGCAGAGGAGAAGAAGGAGAAGACGGAUGAGGCUAAGACGACCGACUUCAGCUCGAAGGAGCAGUUGAAGGAGAAGCGGGAGCGCAAGAAGGCCGAGAAGAAGGAGAAGAGGGAACAGAAGGAGAAGCGCAGUGCUGACAAGGCCGAUCUCGACGACGAGGCCAGAGCUGCUAAGAAGGCUGCUAAGAGAGCCAAGCACGACAAGAAGAAGGUUGCCAAGGAAGAGGCCGCUACUCAAGAGGAGUCUGCGACGAAUGGAGAGGAGAUGGAGGUUGAUGCUGAGGCCGAGAACGAGGUUCAGCAGAAGAACUCCCGUUUCAUUUGCUUUGUCGGAAACCUCCCCUACUCUGCAAACCACGAGUCCCUCACCAAGCACUUUGAGAAGAACCCACCGGCCGAAAUCCGCGUCGCAACCAAGAAAGAAGCCCCAACUAAAUGCCGCGGUUUCGCCUUCAUCGAGUUCGACAACUACGACCGCAUGAAGACCUGCCUCAAGCUGUACCACCACUCCAUGUUCGACGACGGCAAGUACCCGCCUCGCCGGAUGAACGUUGAAUUGACUGCCGGCGGCGGUGGUGCCAACUCCGAGCACCGCAAGGCCAAGAUCCAAGCUAAGAACGAGAAGCUCAACGAGGAGCGCCAGCGUCUCGCAAAGGAUAUCAAGAAGGACAAGAAGAAGCACGACAAGGCUAAGCCCGCUCAUAACGGUGCCGCGGCCUCCGGCGCAAAUGCCGUUGCCGUUGAUGCCGCGCCCGAGGAUGAUCGGUUCGCCGGUAUGCACCCCAGCCGUCGGGGCCGCAUCUAA